CGGAGAAUUUGCAGUCGUUCUGCUUUGCCUCUUUGGUUGUGUUAUCUUCAACCUUCCAACACCUUCGAGACAAGAAGAAAUAGUGGUGUGGUGUGGUGAUGGCUCCAGUGAUGAAGCCGUCGAGAGGACGAGAGCCAGACGGAUCUGGGUUUCAAUCGAACAAUCUAUGGGUUGGUAGUGUGACGGCAGAGACUACGGAAUCCGAUGUAGCCGAUUUGUUUGGAAGGUUUGGUGAGAUCGACAGAAUCAUGGUAUACUCAUCCCGUAGCUUCGCGUUUCUAUACUACAGGCGUGUUGAAGAAGCUGUGGCGGCCAAGGAAGCGCUUCAAGGUUCUUAUUUGAAUGGGAGUCAGAUUAAGAUCGAAUUCGCUCGACCGGCAAAGCCUUGUAAGAGUCUUUGGGUGGGUGGAAUCAGCCCAAGUGUUUCAAAGGAUGACCUGGAGGCAGAGUUCAGGAAAUUUGGGAAAAUCGAAGAUUUCAGGUUUCUUUGGGAACGCAAGACAGCCUUUAUUGACUUUUAUGACAUUGACGAUGCCAUACAGGCUAAGAGCAUGAACGGAAAGAGAAUGGGUGGUAGUUAUUUGCGAGUUGAUUUUCUUCGAUCACAAGGGCCACGAAAAGAACCAUGGCAUGGCUCUAAUGAUGGCAGGGAUGGCAGUUUGAGUGCUAAACAACAGUACCCUCAGUCAUUUGGAGAUGGUAAAGGAAGCGGCCAACCAAGUAAUGUACUGCGGAUUGGAUACCCUCCUUCUGUUCAGAUUGACGAACAGAUGCUACACAAUAGUAUGAUACUCUUUGGUGAGAUUGAGAGAUGUAUUAGUUACCCAUCAAGGCAUUUUUCGCUUGUGGAGUUUAGGAGCGUUGACGAAGCCCGCUGUGCUAAGGAAGGACUACAGGGAAGGUUAUUCAACAAUCCAAGAAUUACAAUUAUGUACACAAACGAUGACAUUCCCCUUGGACGAGGAGAUGAUACUGGUUGUCAUUCUGGUGCCAAACAAUCAAGGCCUGAGAUGUUUGUCAAUGAUCCUCCAUUCAUGUCUUCACCACAUUCUAGCGGGAUUCUUGGCCCUAUGAGGCCCUUUCGAGGAAGUGUUGAACGUUCACAUAGUGGUGCAGAAUAUAAUGAUGUGGUUGGUACCAAAGGAAGCUGGGGAAGGCCAUCUCCAACUGGAGCUGGAAUACUCCCGUCUCCUGCACCAAAUACAAGGCUACCCGCUAGGUCAAACCUUGGUUCUUGGGAAGGAUAUGAUCCUGCUCAGUUGGAAAGAGAACCCAAAAGAACUCGUAGAGAUGGAUCAGUGGAUACUUUUCCUUCGAUGGGUGUAGAUGAUCGUGUCACUACGUUCAACAGGUCAUACGGGCGUGGGUCAGUUGCAGCGAGGCCUGGCCGUGGUUUUCCUGAUGCUGAUAUUAUGUGGAGAGGAAUCAUUGCCAAAGGUGGAACUCCUGUUUGUCAUGCUCGUUGUGUACCUAUUGGAAAGGGGAUUGAAACUGAAAUCCCUGAGACCGUCAAUUGUUCAGCAAGAACGGGUUUGGAUAUGCUUGCCAAACAUUACACUGAAGCCAUUGGAUUUGAAAUAGUUUUCUUCUUACCAGACAGCGAAGAUGAUUUCGCGUCUUUUACUGAAUUUCUCCGCUACCUUGGUUCAAAGAACCGAGCAGGUGUCGCAAAAUUAGACGAUGGAACUACUUUAUUUUUGGUUCCUCCAUCGGAUUUCUUAACUGAUGUGCUCAAAGUGUCGGGCCCAGAACGGUUAUAUGGUGUUGUUCUCAAGUUGCCCCCACCACAGGUUCCUGCUGUAGCAUCAUAUAGACAAGAAUCUCAUCCCAUUUCUCAAUCGUAUAUAGAUAAAUCUCAGAGUUCACCUGCCAAUUCCCAUCACGGUUUGUAUGCUGCUAGGGAAGAUCGAGCUGUGUUUGAUUACAACAGAGGUAUGCAGGAAGAAUCAAAGCCUCCCCCAAAAUCAAUGCUUGGUCCUUCUAGCGAGCCAUUUUCUGUACCUAACACUGCAAUGCCUCAAUCCGGGGUUAGCCUAACACCUGAGCUUUUAGCCACUCUGGCAUCCUUGCUCCCUACAACUUCUCAACCUACUGCCUUUGAAAGUCACCAAUCCGUUGAACUGUCCAAUGGAGAAGCUCCAUCCAAAGAUUGGAAUCGUGAUCAACCUAUGGUUUCUGACCGAUUAAAUCUAUCAUUCCAACAAUUAGGCAGUCAAUACAAUCCGGUGGGGCAACUACCUCCUCCUCCUCCUCUUCCUCCUCCUCCUCCAAUGCAUUAUCUUCCGGUGUCAAGCACACAGAGCCAUUCCAGUGGGAUGGUCCAUGGUGGUAUGCAGUAUCAAGCACCAUUUGUUAGUACACCUCCGCAAGCUCCGUUACCUAUUCCUCCAUCGAAGAAUUAUGCAAUCUACUCUCAAGGAUCACAUCAAGCUGUAUCUCAACCCAUGAGACAGCAAUACCAGCCUGAAGCUCCCAUGCUUCAUCAAACCUACAUGCCGGCCCCUAUAGCUGAGAACCCUGGUGUGCAUGGUUAUCAGGAUUAUGAGCAAGGUAAUUAUCAUGGUCUGACAAAUAAUCAAGGGCUUAAGGCAAAUCGUUCCCAGUCUCAAGCUGAGAUGCCUCCACUAGCGAACAUGACAAACUUGGAUCCGUCGAGCCAAGCACAGCAGCAGCUUCAGUCAUUUCUCCCUGGAGCUGGACAAGGUACAUCAGAUGGUGAGGUCGAUAAGAACCAGCGAUAUCAGUCUACUCUACAGUUUGCGGCUAACCUUCUUCAACAGAUUCAGCAACUGCCAUCAAAUGCUUCGACUGGACAAGGCCCUGGAGACUAGCUCCACAUGCCCCCAUCACUAUUCUUGCUCUUUGGCAUGUGAUAAAGUGAUUUCUGUUUUCUACUCGUCUUGCAUAUCCGCGCCGUGCUGAGUUUAGCUGGGUAUUAGGUUCUUGUGCUGUGAUGUCUCCUGCUAGGUUUUGUCUUCGUGAACAAAUUAUCUGGCGAAACUGUUUAGUGUGUGUGAUAUCUGAAGCUUAUCAACGCUGCAUCUCUUUAUAGAAACCGUGGAAAAAUACAAGAUUGAACUGUACACAAGUUCUCUGUGUGUGUCCACAGACUUGUCUUGCUAUAUACAUCUCAAUGAAAAUGAUCUUUUACAAUCUCAAUAAUAAUCGACAGGUGGGUUUUAGUUUUGGACAUGCCGUUACUGUUAUGUUGGAAUGGAGAAAGUGUGUUGCCGAAAGACGACGUCGCAUAGAGGCUUAUUUCCGAACCAGACGACAACACAUGGGGGCAUCGCUAUGAUCAACCAACUGUUUUCGUUUUGGCAAACAAAAAAAAAAAUCUGUGUUUAUAUUAAUUGUUUGCAUUCUACCGUUUCUAGGCUGUACAAGUUGUCUGAUUCUAGGUUUUUAUUGAGUAAAUUAGAAUUCUUAUA